AUGCAGGUCCUGACCUGUCCCAGCUCUGCUGAUUGCCCGUCACUGCCAACCCGACCGCUUAUAGCCGCCUCAACUCAUCUUCUUCUCUUCUGCUCUACUUCACUUCUUCGGUGCUUCUUUCCCUCGGUUAGUCGCAUACUCCCUUUGCACCCAAAUCUAAAUUGUCCGUUGGGAGCUUGUAGAUCCGCUCUUUUGAGUGGGAGGAAGAGCGUCAAGAGUGGUCGAAGGAGGGGCGCACAAGUGAUAGGUGGUGAGGUGUCACAUAAGGGUGGGGUUGGCAAGCCCACCAUCCAUGCUAACUGGCCGCUUAGCUCAAAGGGAGGUGACUCUAGGGUCUCUGAGGGUGACCACAACCAGGCUUGA